AUGGGAAUUUCAAAGAAAAAAAGAUGUUUCAGCAAUUUUUUCUCGUUGCCGCCCUAUUAUUUAUCUACAACAGCUCGACUUCCUUCCGUUCCAGUGAAGAAUAGUGGAUCGAGGAACAAAAUACUUUUCCAUUGUGCUAAAUCUUUGAACAUCACUUACUACGGAAAGAUCAUCUUUAUCCGGCUAUGGAAAGUAAAUAAAGAACAGAUGUGUUCAACAGCCAUCGCUUGCCAAACAGAUGGGCAAUCUACAGAUUGCGCCCUUCAAGUGAUGGCUUCAAUCUAUCGUCACAAAGACGCAAAGAAAGUAAUCAUUGUAAUACAAUCUACCGAAACAAAAAUACGCCUUGGACCCUUCUUAACUCAUUCAACAUCCCAUCAAAUAUAA